AUGCGGUUGCUACACACUACAGACGAUGGGAGACUUGGGUGGACUGAGGACUUGAUCGGAGACAAGAUUCCCCCAUACGCGAUCCUGUCGCACACUUGGAAGGAGGGGCAGGAGGUGACAUUCGCCGAUCUGAAAGAUCUAGACAAUGCAGUAGACGUCAACACACAACGCAAGGAAGGAUAUCGGAAGAUCCGCUUCUGCGCGCAACAGGCUAAACGGGAUGGUCUGGACUACUUCUGGGUCGACACCUGCUGCAUCGAUAAGGCAAACAACACGGAAUUGUCGAGAGCGAUCAACUCCAUGUUCCGGUGGUACCGGAAUGCCAAAAGAUGUUAUGUCUUCCUUUCAGACGUCGCGAGCGACACUUCAGAAAGCGAUAGCAACUUGGCGUUGAAGCAGAGCAGGUGGUUUAAGCGGGGCUGGACGCUUCAGGAGCUUCUUGCUCCUCGCUCUGUUGAGUUCUUCUCUAAAGAGGGAGAGCGGCUAGGGGACAAGGAGUCGCUUCAGCACCUUAUACACGAGGUUACAGACAUACCUAUCGAAGCUCUGUCCGGAAGCGACUUGUCCGAGUUCGACGUUGCCAAGCGUUUCUCGUGGGCAGCGGAUCGACAGACAACAGAGGAAGAAGAUGGAGCGUAUUGUCUGUUCGGCAUAUUUGGUGUCCACCUACCGCUGAUCUAUGGCGAAGGCAAAGACAACGCCCUUGAACGGCUGAGAAGCGCGGCUAUUCUGAAACAUAAGGGCCGCAGUCAAGACCAAGAAGAGAAGCUUGGCAAGAUACGCAGCUGGCUUUCGGCGCCUGACCCGUCUACCAACUACCACAAAGCGCACAAGCAGCGGCAGGCUAAGACAGGUCUCUGGCUGCUGGAAAGCGCAAAGUUCACAGACUGGAAGAAAAGAGCAGCGUCGCGACUGUGGCUGUACGGGAUCCCAGGAUGUGGAAAGACUAUCCUGAGCUCUACUGUUGUUGAGAAUCUGCUGCAAUACUGCCAUGAUGACACUAGCAUGGUGACAGCGUACUUCUACUUCGACUUCAACGACACACAGAAACAGGAUCCAGAGCUGAUGCUCCGCUCGUUGCUCUGCCAGCUCGUGCAGCGGUCGGUUGUGAUACCGAAGGGCGUUGAUGCGUUAUUCUCAUCUUGCGAGAACGGGCAACGGAAGCCAUCGUCGCAUGCGCUUUUACAAGUAACAAAGGAAGCGGCGCAAGAGUUCACGCACGUGUACGUCAUUCUCGAUGCUCUUGAUGAGUGUACGCAGCGCUCGGAGCUGAUGGACAUGCUCGAAACGGUGGCCGGAUGGCAACUGAACAACCUGCAUCUACUCGUGACUAGCCGGAGAGAACGGGAUAUUGAGAGCUCCCUAGAGAGUUAUGUUAGGAAAGAGGAUGCUGUGUGUCUUCAGAGGGACGUAGUGGACCAAGACAUACAGCGAUACGUCCAACAAAGGCUGCGUGUCGACAGGGGCUUAGCGAAAUGGAACAAGGACGCCGCUGUUAGGCAAGAGGUUGAGGCUGCACUAAUGCACGGAGCUUGUGGGAUGUUCCGAUGGGCUGUGUGUCAGCUAGACACACUAGGAAAGUGUUGCAAUCGAGCGAUGCUGCGCAAAUCACUUGCCACUCUGCCGCGGACGCUAGACCAGACAUACGACCGCAUUCUUACCGCGAUAAGCGAGGAAUAUUCCGAGUAUGCCAUGCGCAUUCUGCAGUGGCUGACGUUCUCUGCGCGGCCGCUAUCCGUCGAAGAGGUCGCUGAAGUCGUCGCCAUUGACAUCACGCGCGACCCAGUGUUCGACCGUGAUGAGGUGCUAGAAGAUCCGCUAGAAGCGCUGAACAUCUGCUCUAGUCUAGUCACUAUCACAACGAACGAAGUGGACAGAAGAUCGGGGUCUGCUCAACGGAUCAUUGCUCUGGCACACUACUCAGUGCAGGAGUACCUUGUGUCGGACAGAAUCAGACAAGGGUCAGCAAAGCAGUACAGCAUGCAAGAGACCAAAUGUCAGAGUGCAAUAACGAGAGGUUCUCUAAAGUACCUGAUGCAGCUCCAGCAACCAUUAGAAGAAGAGACUCUUCAGGAGUUUGCACUUGCAAGGUACUCAGCAGAGUUCUGGAGCAGCCAUCUUCGAAAAACAGGAGACGAGAUGGAGCAGAUUAGUCAGUUAACUAUUGGUUUGUUGGCCAGGGAAGAGCCUGCAUAUCUCAACUGGCUCCGGUUGCAUGAUCCGGACAGUCCUUGGAGGAUAUCAAAUUUGGAUGAAAGUCUUAAUAGCAUACCUAUGCCGCUUUACUAUGCAGCAUUGUUAGGUUUUAGUAGAGUUACAAGACUGCUGCUCAACGCGGGCGCCAAGAUUAACGCGCAGGGUGGACGCUACGGCAACGCACUGCAGGCAGCUUCACAAGGAGGCCACGAGCAGGUAGUCAAGACGCUGCUUAAUGCGGGCGCCAAGGUCAACGCGCAGGGUGGAGGCUACGGCAACGCACUGCAGGCAGCUUCAUACAGAGGCCACGAGCAGGUAGUUAAGACGCUGCUCAACGCAGGCGCCAAGGUCAACGCGCAGGGUAGAGGCUACGGUAACGCACUGCAGGCAGCUUCAUACAAAGGCCACGAGCAGGUAGUCAAGAUGCUGCUCUACAAGGGCGCCGACGUCAACGCGCAGGGUGGAGUCUUCGGCAACGCACUGCAGGUAGCUUCAUACAAAGGCCACCAGCAGGUAGUCAAGACGCUGCUCGACGCAGGCGCUAAGGUUAACGCGCAAAGUAGAGACUACGGCAACGCACUAUACGCAGCUUCAUACGGAGGCUACGAGCAGGUAGUCAAGACGCUGCUCAACGCAGGCGCUAAGGUCAACGCGCAGGGUGGAGGCUACGGUAACGCACUGCAGGCAGCUUUAGAGGAAGGCCACGAGCAGGUAGUUAAAGCCCUGCUUGAUCAGGGGGCCGACGUUAACGCGCAGGGUGGAUACUACGGCAACGCACUGCAGGCAGCUUCAUACAGAGGCUACGAGCAGGUAGUCAAGACGCUGCUUAACAAAGGUGCCAACGUUCACGCGCAGGGUAGAGUCUUCGGCAACGCACUGCAGGUAGCUUCAUACAAAGGCCACGAGCAGGUAGUCAAGACGCUGCUCAACGCAGGCGCCAAGGUCAACGCGCAGGGUGGAGGCUACGGUAACGCACUGCAGGCAGCUUCAUACAGAGGCCACGAGCAGGUAGUCAAGACGCUGCUCAACGCAGGCGCCAAGGUCAACGCGCAGGGUGGAGGCUACGGUAACGCACUAUACGCAGCUUCAGAAGGAGGCCACGAGCAGAUAGUCAAGACGCUGCUCGAUGCGGGCGCCGAGGUCAACGCGCAGGGUGGAUACUACGGCAACGCACUACAGGCAGCUUCAGAAGGAGGCCACGAGCAGGUAGUCAAGACGCUGCUUAAUGCGGGCGCCAAGGUCAACGCGCAGG